CUGAAACAGAAAUCAGGAAACACGUCUGGACUAAACAAUUAAAGUGGAAUAUCCGCAGCUUUGGGAUUCGAAUUAACGAAACUCUGCAAAGAUAUCGUAAACGAUUUCAAUAUUUGGCACAUUAUUUGUCUUUACAACUUUGAAAGCAGUAGAACAGCUUUAUGCCAUCUGAGAGGAGUCGAAAAUCUCCAUGACUGAAAUUACGACUGGUAUGGGGCUGAACGUUUUUGUUGGUUUGACUAACACCACGGCCAUUACCAGUUUAACGAUACAACAACUGAAUGAUGCGGAGUUCCACCGCCGCCUGGCACCAGUCAUAUAUCUAGCCGUUCUCAUGGCGCUUGGUAUCCCUGGAAAUCUCCUUGUUCUCGUCGUGUACUUACGAGACUUCACGAGAUCUACGCAUAGAACCUUCAUCCUCGUUCUGGCGGCCCUGGACUUGUCGGUGAGCAUUAUCGCGCUCCCUUUUGAGAUUACGGAGAUGAGAUUUCAAUACAUGUUUUACGCCGCUAUUGCCUGUAAAUUAUUUAGAGCUAACAAUAUAUUUCUGACGUGUGCCUCUAUAUUUACAAUCUUGUGUAUGUCUAUCGAAAGGCACAGACGAAUCUGUCACCCUUUACGAUCACAAAUGACGACGCGCAUGUGCAGACUUUCGUGUUUGUGUAUCAUAGCGUUUUCUCUUAUAUUAUCUUCUGCGAAUUUUAUCACCACUGGGAUAAGACACGUGAGGUUGGGGGACAAUCUGACCGGGUCCGACUGUUCUCUUGACGAUUCCUUUGUCCAUAGUGAUUUCCCGCUCGCUCUGGACGCGUGCCUUUUCCUCAUUGUUAUAGGCGUAUUUGCAUCUCUCGUAAUAUUGUAUUCCUUGAUCGCUAAACAAAUCUACAAGCAGAACAAAUUCCGGAGUAAGUUCGCCGUGCCUUUGCCAACAGUUUCCAAACCAUGCCGUAUACCAGAUAAAGCAAAAAGGGAAAUUCAAGACGGCGAAAAUGAUAUCAAAGUUGAACAUAUGACCACAAAUUUGGAAUUUUUGCAACAGGACGGCACCACAAACUUCGAAAAACCAAAUUUGGAAGGUUCAGCAACAGUCAGAACGAUAUGUAUGAACGUUUCACUGCCUGCAAAUGGAAAUGACAAACAAGUCGGUCACGAUUCCGUCACAUCAAACAGAAAGGGAAAUGGAAUUUUCUCAACUCAAACAUCAAACAAAGGCACUGCUAAAAUAACGAAAAUAACGUUUACAAUAAGUUUGGUGUUUUUCCUGAGUUACCUCCCCUACUUGUUGUUGUCUCUUGUGACGUCAUUGAAGAGAGAAUUCGUAGCUGAACCUGGGCCAAUCGCGUCAGCUUUGUUGCCAAUUGUCAUACGUUCCAUUUUCAUCAACAAUGUCGCAAAUCCAUUCAUAUACGGCUUCCUUGAUCCAAAGUUUCGACGGAGUUGCAAGAAGCUUUUCAAAACGGCGUUUGGGUGUUAAUGGAGACCGGCUAAUUAUCUCUUUGUUCCAACAAAACUCAAACAGGGAUUAUUUAUGGUAGAUUGCAUUCAAGAAACUUAUUGGCGUUGGUGACAGAGGCGUGAUAUUGGACUUUAUUGCAGACUUUAUAUAUGCCUGCUAUCGAAUCAAUUACUACGGAAGCCAUGAGGGAAUAUUUUGACGAUUGACUUUCGGCUUUGCAUUAUGGAGUGAACAUCGCGGGAAAAGAAGCAAUUUUUGGCAUGUGCGCAAAAAGUCAAAAGGCCCCCUCACAGCUUCCGUACAAUGCUGU